CUUGUUUCCCCUUUGUAAAAUUGCAUGCAUUGACCAGUAGGUGGAGGUAUAUGAACACAAAAGAGUCAUUGGAAAGUAAGCUUGGUAAAUCUGUGGAGCAGUCCAUCUGUCUAUCCAGAGCCCAGUAUAACUAACUGCUCCAUAGACCCCUGACAGGUGACAUCUUUGAUGGAUUACUUAAUCCACUUUUGGCUGUGUGUAAGGCUGCAACUAAUAAUUAUUUUCAUUCUUGAUUAAGGUGCAGAUAAUUUUUUGCCUUACUCAGACAGUCAUCUACGGUGUAAUGCCUGAAAAUACAGAAAAAUGCUUGUUGCAGUUUCCUUCAGAUGGCUUGUUUUGUCUGACUAGAAAAUACAAAACCAACAACAAAACCAAUUUACUAUUGUAUAUGUCAGAGAAAAGCAUAAAACACUCACAUACAGUAUAAGAAGCUGAAACCGGAUGUUUUCCAAGUAGCCUGAUAAUCUUCUGUUGUUCAACUGUCGAUUAAUUGACUAAUCAUUGCAGGCAUGAUCAGCACAAUAGUAGGCUAUAGCCAUAACUUCUGUACUUUAUUAGAAUAGCUGGGUGACAAAUUUCUGCUGUGUAUAAGCUCUUUGAUAGUAAGGUUUGUGCCUUUUCUUUUGAAAUGUAGACUACUUUUACAUUACAGUUUCUCUUUUGUGGAUCACUUGCUGCAGUCCUAGAUAUGAUGCAGCCAGAUAUGCACCAGGCUCUAAUGACUUGCUGUCUGGCAGUGAUGUGUGUGAGUCAUAGCUGAGCAUGAAGUGGAAAGGUUUAUUAUCUUAACACGCUUCUCUCACGUUGCUCAGGGAAUAAACAGACAGAAAUGUCAAAGUUUUAGAGGCGGUCGACAAGUUAGUUCACUUCCUCUUGGCUCACUGCAUCUCCAGUUGGGUAAUACCUCCCGUUUAUUUCAGAGUUUGCUUCAGUUCCUGUUACUUGAUGGCUAGGGCACAGAGAUAGUGGGGGAAAUGCAGUGCGAUGUAGGGUACAGUCUGCUGUGACAGACUUUAAUACCCUUGUACAACGGACCUGGAGAUCUGACCACUCUGAAUGUGUCUGAACAGGUGACUUCUUUGAGGUCUGGUAAUCGGAUAAAACAAAUGUAUCCCUUUCUGGUCCUAUUUAUACUGGUUGUAAUCUCAUCCAUUUGUAAAGGCCAGCAUGCAAACCUCUGCAACGUUAUCCCUAAAGAUCUGUACAUUGAAAUGGGAUCAGAUAUCGAGGUACUGUGCCAGACUUCGUGUGCCAGUGGCAAAAUCUUCUGGACACUGAACAGCAGACCCAUUGAUGAAAGCCUGUCAAACGUUAUCAACUCCUCACUCACAGUCCUGUCACUGAGGACUUUCACUCAUCACAAUGCUACAUUGCAGUGCCACAGUGCAAAUACUCAGCAAAUCCUCGGAGGCACCACCAUCAGAACAUACACAAAACCCAGCAAAUUAUCCUGCUUUUUCCAUUAUAAAAAUCAGCAUGUGGAUGUUGUACCACACCUGUUCACAUGCAAAUGGGAGCAUCAGAUGAAUUCUUCACUGAAAAUACACUACACUGUACUGUAUGCCUCUUUGUUACGCCCUUCCUAUACUGAAAUCUGCAGCUCCUAUGUGACUACAUGCACAUCCAAAGAUAUCGAUUUAUCUGAUAAAGUACAUUUCUUUGGAAAUGCUAGUGUUAUUGUGAGAGCUAAAGCCACUGCCUGGGAAGCUUAUUCCAAUCCUUAUGAAUUUGACCACUAUGAUAUAUUGCAAAUGAUUCGUCCAGAGGUAACAGUAACCGCCUUCCCUGAUCAUCUGUUGGUUGAGUGGACUCGGUCACCCUCAACAAGAACAUGCCACUGUCAGGUCAAAUAUGGCAAGGCUGUCAGCGAUCGAACUCCAGAGAAUGUGCAAAGUACAACUCUAGACCCUUCACAGAAAGGGGAAUACACAAUUCAAAGUGUGGAAUCAUGCACACACUACAACAUUUUAGUGCGUUGUGCAUUAGACAAGGCCCCGUGGAGUGACUGGAGCCGGGAGACGACCGUUCUGACCAAACUAAACAAGAGUGAUGUCAAGUUGCACCUGUGGAGGAAGGUAGCUGAACCGAAGAAAAAUGCUAUUAGAAAUGUACACAUCAUGUGGACGGAGAUUCCUUCAACAUGCCAAGGUACAUUUACGUACACUAUCCAACAGACCCCCUACAAGAAUUACAUGACAGGAGCUAAUUCUACAGGAAGUCUAUGUUACAGUUCACCUUGUGACAUCGAUGUGAACCAAGAUGCACACAGAAUAAAUCUCACAGUGUUCCAUGGUGAAAUCCUGCUCACAGAGGACUCUGUUUAUGUUCCAGCCACUGUAGAGAGCCUCUUGAAAGUUACUGACCUCCAGACCUCAAACCUUAAAGGUGUUAUUCUGGUCAGCUGGAAAGCUCCUCUUCAGCCCGUCAGCGGCUACAUGAUUGACUGGACCCACAACGGAAACCAGUAUUAUUGGAAGGAGAGUAAAUACACAAACACAAGACUGUUAGACCUCCUGGAUAAGAAGCCAUACAAUAUCACAGUAACUCCCCUGUUUGGUGACAAGACUGGCCAUGGCACACAGGCCCUUCAGAUCUGCUCCAGAGUAGGAAAUCCAGGAAAUGUCACUAUCAUCAGUGUUGAAGCUAAAGACAAAAGUGCCAUUUUGAGCUGGAGUACCAGGUCACAGGAAGAAUGCAGCGGUGCUGUUAUCAACUACACAGUCUUCUACGGCACACAGAAAGGGCCGACGCUCAAUGUUACUGUAGAUUACACCAAGCAGGACUUGUGUUUGAAGGAUCUGGACCCAGACACCCAAUACAGCGUCUACGUCAAGGCCACAGCUCUUACUGGAACCAGCAAAAGCAGUGAGAGGCUCUUUAAAACCAAAAGAUAUGAUCCGAGGCUCUCGAUGGCACUUGGUGUCGGUGGAAGCAUCAUUAUAUUUCUUGUUUUAUCACUUGGAUUAUGUUGUGCUAUUCAGUGGAAGAAAUUCAGGGAGAAGCCAGUACCAAACCCAGGCCACAGUUCUGUGGCGCUGUGGUCAUCACCGAGUUAUCAAAAGGGGAUGUGCCAUUUCCAGCCAUUCAGUAAUCCACCCAAGAGCAUCUAUGACCAGGUUUAUACAGUGGAACCUCAGAGAGCACCCACCUCUGCACUAGCUACAGAUUGUAAUGGUAACCAAGCCAGUGACCAGGCAGAGGAACACACUGACCCAGUCAUACAUCUCUCACUAGACGCGGAGGAUGAAAAGCCAGUUGAACUUGUAGAGACGCAGCAUCUGUGUUGUCCUGGAGAAUCCACAUCUCUGCUUUCCUCAGGAAACAGCUCAUUCACCCCCUAUCGAAGUCAGGGUUCUGUGGAAACUCCUGCUAAACAGUGUAAGUGUGUACCAGUAAAACAGCUAGAAAAGACAGCACCAGUGACUGUGUAUGUGACUUUGGACAUGUUUGAACAAGGUCAGAGCAAAUGAAAGAAGUGGAAACAAAAACAAAUCAACAUUCCAGGGGCCUAUUUCAAGAAGGCGGUUU